AUGAUGCUCCGCUCGACGCUAACCAAGUUGGUUUUAUUUCUGUUACCGAUUAUUGUGGUCCAAGCCACUGCAAAUGCUGUGGCCAAAAGGCCUAAUAUCCUCUUCAUCCUGACUGAUGACCAAGACUGGCAUAUGGAAUCUUUGGUAGUGUUAUCGAGACGUAAAGGAUAUGAGGAGCCAACUAAUGAACAAUUCAAGCAACACAUGCCCCUUCUCCAGAAAUAUAUUAUAAACGAAGGAACACUUUAUGCCAAUCACCAUUGCACCGUGGCUAUUUGUUGUCCGUCGCGUGUAAAUUUGUGGACUGGUCGUGCAGCGCACAAUACUAACGUGACUGACCUCUUUCCACCGUACGGUGGUUAUCCCAAGGUCGUUCGGGAAGGAAUCAACGAGAACUACCUUCCAGUGUGGAUGCAACAGGCUGGAUAUAACACGUACUACUCAGGAAAGCUAUGGAAUGCCCACAGCGUGGACAACUACGACAAACCAUACGUCGAAGGAUUUACUAGUAGUGACUUCCUAGUGGACCCUUACACCUAUGAGUACUACAACAGCAGCAUGGUUCGGAACGGAGCGCCCCCAGUUAGCUACGAGGGGCAAUAUUCCCCAGAUAUUAUUGCGCAGAAAGCGUACGACUUUAUCGACGAGGCUAGCAUACACAAAAAUCCCUGGUUUCUAACAGUCGCCCCUAUUGCUCCUCAUUCUAACUGCCACUUCAAAACUCCAGAGGAAUUAGACGUACAGCCGCCCAAAUGUGCUGCGCGCCAUGCGCAUCUUUUCAAGGAUUAUAUUAUCCCGAGAACUGACAACUUCAAUCCGAAGAAGCACAAUGGCGUUUCUUGGAUGAAGGAUCUUCCUUUACUAAAUAGUACUGUCAUCGACUAUAAUGACGAGUUUCAACGUGCCCGUCUACGGGCACUUCAAUCGGUCGAUGAAAUGGUUGCGACCUUAAUCCAGAAGCUAAAAGACAAAGGAGAGCUCGACAACACCUAUGUUUUCUACACAACUGACAACGGGUAUCAUAUCUCACAACACCGGCUUCAUCCGGGAAAAGAGUCCGGCUACGACACGGAUAUCCACAUCCCUCUCAUCGUCCGAGGACCGGGAAUAGCAGCAGGUCGGACUGUAGACCUGAUGACCUCCCACACGGACCUAGCCCCUACCAUUCUAGGGCUUGCCGGAAAGACACGAAGUGAUUUCGAUGGACUUGCUAUUCCACUAAGUGCGGAGGAAACAGGUACAUUAGAUAACACUCGCUUUGAGCAUGUCAAUAUCGAAUUCUGGGGCAAAGCUCUCCCUGAAGGGCGAUGGGGCAAGUACGGCGAUGUUCCGGACAAGAAGCUCGGCAUAUCGAACGCCGCCACCAACAACACCUACAAGGGCCUUCGCAUUGUGAGCCCCGAAUACAAUCUUUACUACUCCGUGUGGUGCACUGGUGAAAAGGAAUACUACGACGUCAAGCUCGAUCCUGGUCAACUUGAUAACUACUUCCUUAAUGCGUCACUUCUAUCGGACUAUUCAAUUGCGGGCCGUCCAUUCGAUCAAAUUGUGGCCCGUUUGGACACUCUCAUGAUGGUUUUGAAGUCAUGCAAGACGCACGAAUGCACAGAACCAUGGAGUGUCUUGCACCCAGGGGGUAAUAUCAAGACACUGAAAGAUGCUCUAGAGGAGUCUUACGAUACCUUUUAUGAGUCACAACGUAAGGUAGAGUACAACUCUUGCCAGCUCGGUUACAUCAAGGAGGAAGAAGGCCCCCAGCAGGCAAAUAUCUUCAGCGGCUUCGUUGAGCACAAUGAACGCAGGCAGACAUUUCGCUAUCAGGGGCCUUGGAGCGUUUGGACCUGA